UACGGCCGCCGGCCGACCGACCCCGCCCUGCCUCGUCGCAGAACAGCGCCCCCCUCGCCGCCCGACCCCGCUUCGCCGCAGCUCGACCCCGGCCGUCCCCCGGACGCCCCCUCCCAGCUCCGUCGCCAGACGACGGCCUCGCCGCCCGACCCCGCGCUCGUCGCACGCCCCCUUCCAGCCGCCGGUGGACUUCCCUGUUUUCAAAUCCUAGAUCUGACACUGCUCGCCGCCAUCUCCCGCUCCAAGGUCUCUCUGAUUAGACGCCGUCGACCAGCUCCUAGCCCUAGGUCGCCGGCACUCCAAAGGCUCCUCUGAGGUCACCGUCUGCUUGUCGCUCUCUCCCUCCUGGCUCGCCGUGUACUACCUUGUCCCUUCAGUGUAGGCCAGUGGUACUUAGGAAAUGAACUACAUAUUCAAAUGUCGCAGGAGGUGUGCAAUGAGAUUGUUGAAAGCAGAGGAGCUGUUUCGGAAAUUGCUUGAGGGUGGGUCCAAGAAGAAGGCUCGGCUACUAGGGCUCGAUGUCGGCAGUAAAUACGUCGGGCUGGCAGUUUCUGACCAGCAAAACAGGAUUGCCUUGCCUCUGAGUGUCUUGGGUAGGACAAAGACAAACAUCAAUUUGAUGGCAGACGAUUUCAAAACACUGGUUAACAAUUACUCCCUUGCCGGGCUUGUUGUGGGUUAUCCAUUCAACUUACAGGGUCAAUCUUCUCCAGAUGCAUCACAAGUAAGCCUUCUCGUAGGAGAACUUUGUAAAACUGGGAAACUUGAUGAUUUGAGCUACACAUAUUGGGAUGAAAAUUUUACCUCAAAGUGCGUAGAAGCCCUUUUAAAUCCUCUGAACCUAAACGAUCGAGUUGAGACGAAAACAAUGACAGAUAAAUUUGCUGCAGUUUGCAUACUCCAGGGUUAUUUAGAUAACAUGAACAGAGCAUUGACAUCUGCUGAUAAUGUGAAGAGUAACUUGAGCUCAGCUUCUGGUCAAUGGGCAUUUGCCUCUUAAAAGUUCCUUCCGCCUGUCAGUCUUUCUUGGAAGCAUGGUUCUGAAAGAGUUCCCGUUUCUUGUAUCAUGAAGCGCAUCUGCAUUCAUUUGGCCGAGGCAGAGCAUAACUUGGAGCUGAUGCGCCGUUAGACAUAUUCCGCUGACGGCACAUCACCUGGGCAAAAGCAACUUUCGUACUUGUCUAAACCGAUGCUAAUCUAUUGGGAAGAUCCUUCCUCCCCUUCUUUCCUUGUAGCCUCAGCCUGCUCAUGAGAUUCUCGGCAUAAGCGUGCACCGCAACAGCUCGGUAAUGGCCAUUUCUCGGAAAUUGCAAGCCGGUUUCCAUGCCCCAGCAUAUGCCUACUGUACGUCAUCACGAUGCCAACAGUGUAAUUCCCGAGUCUCGGUACGUUUUCUUGUGCUCACGGGCAGCCGGGCAGGCAUAUAUUCGCGUCU